AUGACGGUUUAUCCAACUUGUUUGAAUUCAGUCUCUUCAACAAUAUUGGCACAAACAUAUUUACGUUGCUUUCCCGAAUCCAUCAAAGCUUCAUUAAUUGAAAAUGGAUUAAUGCUUCCACCAUCAAUAAUACAAUCAUUACCACCGUUAUUUCCUUAUGACAAGUAUAUUAGAUCAAUUAGUUACUCCAAAAUAUUUUACGUAAUAAGCGAAUGGUUUGAAACGGAAAUUGAUGAUUUAGAAGAUAUUGAUGAAAGGGAAGAUGGGAUACCUUCUCUACCACCAAUUUCUUUAUUUCCAAAUGCAGAAAAUUCUUUAAGUAAACUUGUAAAAUUUACUUGUAUAGGAGAUUAUCAGUAUAAUAUGAAAGAUUUAUUUAUCUCGCUAACGGGAAUGUCUAGAAAUAUCAAAGAAAUAAUUAUCGGAGGUCUUUCCACUUCAAUCGAAAUUAAAUUAUUUGGUAAAUUAAUUAAGUCCCAAAGAGCAUUAAAGUCAAUCGAAAUACUUGGGAAUGGUCCGAUUGAUUUACAAAUGAUUUCUUUAGAUAUUUUACAACCAUUAAAAACUCAACAAUAUUCUCUAGAAAAUAUUAGAUUCAUGAAUUGUGAUUUUGAGGAAUGUGCUACUUUAUAUCCCAUUACAUUUCUUCCAAUGUUGAAAAGUAUUGAAUUUGAAAAAUGUAGAAAUUUAACAUUACAAGAUUUAACAUCCUUAGAUAUGAAAAAUUUACCUAAACUUCAGAUAUUUAAAACGCGUGAAAGUUACAUACCACCGUAUACCCUUGAAGCGAUCAUUUGUAAUUCACAUGAUAGUUUACGUGUAGCCGAAUUAAGUCGUAAGUUAUCUCAAGAUGAAUCCAGAAUUCUAUUAUCAAGGAUUCCAUCACGUUGUACACGAUUAGAAGUUUUAGACAUUAGGAUAUAUCAAGAGGACGUUGGAAGUUUCUUAAAUUUAUUGAAAUAUUGUGAAAAUUUAAGGGAAUUGACUGUAUUUGGAGAUGUUUAUGCUGAGGAUUUGCUACCUUCAAUUUCUUUAAAUUUACGUUCAAAACACUUACAAAAAUUAUGUUUUAUUGGAAGGUGGGUUUUUAGUAAUGUUAGUAUGAACAAUUUCCUUCAAGGUUUUAAGUCCAAAGAAAAAUUUCCAGAACUACAGGUAUCUCAAGGACAAAUCAAUGACGAUAGUGAAAUUAUAAAUCAUGAACGUAUCAUAAAUUUUAAGCCUCCGAAAAUUUUAAAAUUUCAAUCAAAUGAUGUGAUUAAUAAUGAUCAUUUGGAUGCUAUAGUUGGGUGGGUUUUUAAUGAAAAAUCUAUUAGGAAUGGCAAAUGUGAUUUAGAGAAAUUGGAACUUGUUUGGUGUCAACAAUUAUCUCAAGCCGCUCUUCAACAAAUGAAAAGUUUAUGUGGACUUCUUGUUGAAAUAAAGAAUUAUUAG